UACUUCAUUCCCCAAAUAAUCCAAUAGAGAAAGGUUUGAUUUAGUUUUUAGUCACUAUUUUUCAGAAAAUUUGGGAAUUACGAGAUCAACAUGAGUUGUUCUUUAAAUUCUCGCCUCAUUCUGUGUUCAUUUCUUUUGAUUCAGCUAUUGACACAUAUUCGCCUUGCUCGUGGAAACGGUAGGCUUUUAGAACCCCCGAGUAGGUCAUCUUUAUGGCGCAGCGGUGAAUUUAAGCAGUUCAAUCCACCAGUUAACUAUAACGAUAACCAUUUGGAUUGUGGUGGCGCUCUGGUCCCUGAAGAUGAGUCUAUAACCUGUGGAAUUUGUGGUGAUUCAUUCAGCGAUCCGAUCCCUCGACCCAAUGAAGAUGGUGGAGAAUUCUCCCGUGGAAUAAUUGUUCGAAAAUACACACCUGGACAAGAAAUCCCUGUCACUGUUCAAUUAACUUACGGACAAAAAGGCAGCUUUGACUUCACCCUUUGUGCACGUGAUGGAGAAAAGGACCACCGAGAUCCAGCCUGUUAUGGGGAGCACCUCCUGAAAAUAGUCCCCAUUACAGAAGCUGCAGGAAAAUAUUACAACUUGACUGUAACCCUGCCUUCGAAUGUUAAGUGUAAGAAUUGCGUAUUCCGGUGGCGCUACCGAACAGCGAACAAUUGGGGAGAAUGUGGAAAUGGAAAGCCAGGUGCGUUAGGGUGUGGACCACAACAGUCGUUUCAUGGAUGUUCGGAUAUUUCAAUUGCUUAAUUAAAACUCAUAUUUAAAAAUUACUUUGAGAAAUGUCAAUGCAAAUGCCAAUUGAAAUAAAUACAAUUGUUUGAAAUUUAAAUUCA